AUGGUCGCAGCAGCAGCGGCAGCGGCGAGUGCUGCGGUGACCGUGACUGGUGUCGCUCCGCACUCGCCCGCGCAGUCGCACGCCGUCGCACGGAUCAUCGCAUUGCGGUCGCCGACUAACGGCGGCGUGCGCCACGUUCAACUGCGGGGCGAUGUUUCCACGAUGGGCGCCGCACGGUCCGCCUCCGGCGCCAUGCGGCGGUGCAUGCAGCCGCGCCGACUGCUGCCGCGUGCGAGCCUAGAGCACCGCGACGUGGCAGCGCCGUCAGCAAAAAAUGCUACAGCCGCGGCGCCCUUCUCGCAGGGCGGCUUCGAGCAGCUGCUGCUGGACCUGCAGGCCUCCAUCUGUCACGAGUCAGCAGCGCGGGACGGCAGUGGCAAGGCGUUCAUAGAGGACCGGUGGGAGCGCGAGCCUGACAACCCAGCAGCGGGGUACGGCAUCACGCGCGUGCUGGAGGGCGGACUCGUGCUCGAGAAGGCCGCUGCCAACGUCUCCAUCGUUAGAGGCCAGCUGACUGAGGCGCGCGCCAAGGCCAUGAGUGCGAGGCAGGGCAGGCAGCUGGCAGCGGGGACGGGGUACUUCGCGGGGGCGCUGUCGCUGGUGUUCCACUCCGCGCACCCGCUCAUCCCCACCUUCCGAUCUGACAUCCGCUACUUCCAGGUGGACGGGCAGAACGGCUGGUUUGGUGGAGGGGCCGACCUCACGCCCUCAUACCUCUUCCCAUCGGACAUACGGGAGUUCCACGCAUUUUACCGCUCCAUCUGCGACCGCUACCACCCGGCGCUGUACCGGGCGGCCAAGGCGCAGUGCGACAAUUAUUUCUACCUGCCGGCGCGCAGGGAGCACCGCGGGGUGGGCGGCAUCUUCUUCGACGACCUCGACGCCAUCCCCCCCCCCACCCCCCUCGCCUUCGGCCCUGCUGCUGCUACUGCCGCUGCACCUGCUGCUGCCGGUGGUGGCGCAGACGAGGAGGGCUUUGAGCGAGCACAUCGCUUCACGGUGGACGUGGCGCGCGGCUUCAUGGACAGCUUCUGGCCCAUCGUGGAGAGGCGGCGCGGCUUGGCGUUCACUGAGGCGCAGCGGCAGUGGCAGUUGGAGCGGCGCGGGCGGUACCUGGAGUUCAACCUGCUGUACGACCGCGGGGUUAAGUUCGGCAUGGAUGGCAGCGGCCGGGUUGAAUCCAUCAUGGUCUCCGCCCCGCCGCUGAUCGCGUGGCGCUACAACGCGCAGCCGCACCCAGGCUCGCCAGAGGAGGAGCUGGUCAAGGUGCUCAAAGCACCUGUUGACUGGGCGUGA